AUGCCCGCGAUGGUCCUGCUGCUCUGCCUGGCCCUAGGGCCGGCGCUGCGUUCUGCCAGGUGUGAGAGCACAGAGGAGUAUGAUUAUGAUUACCUCAGCAUCAAUAAAACCUGGGUCCUCACCCCCAAGGCACAGGAGACAGAUGCCACGCAGAUCCUCAACUUGCUGCUGAAGAACUAUGACAACAAGCUGAGGCCUGAUAUUGGCAUCAAGCCCACAUUUAUCGAUGUGGAUAUCUAUGUGAACAGCAUUGGGCCUGUGUCUGUCAUCCAAAUGGAAUACACCAUUGAUAUCUUCUUUGCUCAGACAUGGUACGACCGGCGUCUUCGUUUCAACAGCACCUUGAAGGCCCUCACACUGAACACUAACAUGGUGAGCCGCAUCUGGAUCCCAGAUACCUUUUUUAGGAACUCCAAGAGGGCUGAUUCUCACUGGAUAACCACCCCAAAUCAGCUCCUCCGCAUUUGGAAUGAUGGAAAAGUGCUCUACACGCUCAGGCUGACGAUCGAGGCUGAAUGUCUGCUCCAGCUGCAGAAUUUCCCAAUGGACACUCACUCCUGCCCUUUGGUUUUUUCUAGUUAUGGCUACCCACGUGAGGAGAUUGUCUAUCGAUGGAGACGCUAUUCCAUUGAGGUCUCCGACCAGCGCACCUGGAGGCUCUACCAAUUUGACUUCACAGGGCUGAGGAACACCUCGGAAGUUCUCAGGACUGGAGCAGGGGAGUACAUGGUGAUGACAGUUUCUUUUGACUUAAGUAGGAGGAUGGGUUAUUUUGCCAUUCAGACCUACAUUCCCUGCAUCCUGACUGUUGUUCUCUCCUGGGUUUCCUUCUGGAUCAAGAGGGACUCUACACCAGCCAGGACGUCUCUGGGUAUCACCACUGUGCUAACAAUGACCACACUGAGUACCAUCUCCCGCAAGCACCUUCCCCGUGUUUCCUACAUCACAGCCAUGGACCUCUUUGUGUCUGUGUGCUUCAUCUUUGUCUUCGCAGCCCUCAUGGAGUAUGCUACACUCAACUACCUGGUGGGAAACAAGAAGCCACUGCAGCACAACAGCAGGAAAGCCAGACUGCCACCUGCUGGCGCACAGGUGAUGCCAUCCUUUACUGCUAUCAACAUCAACAUCAACAACAUCAUGCACUGGCCUCCAGAGAUAGAGGAGGAUGACGAUGAUGACCCUGGCUCUCCAUGCCUGGAAGGAAAGGAAUGUGAGAGGUUCUUCUGCUGCAUUGAGGACUGUCAGACAGGGAUGUGGCGGGAGGGGAGGGUCCGCAUUCAUAUCUCCCGCCUGGACUCCUACUCCCGUGUCUUCUUCCCCACUGCCUUCCUGCUCUUCAAUAUCGUCUACUGGAUUGCCUAUCUCUAUCUCUAGCCAUUCUUCCUCAGCUGGAAUGGACUGGAGGACAAAAAGAUGAACUCUUCAAGGAGCAUAGAGAGAACAGUGUCUCUUCUGUUUAGUUGUCGCUCUGAACAU